UUUGGCCUCUAAGAGUUAGUACGUGGGUUCCCAGAAGCCAUUCAUUUUCUUCAUCUUCUCUGACUGUGGGCAGUACUCCCCAGCAGGUGUUCUGGAGGCCCACAGCCCAGUCUCUCCAAACACCACCACCCCGGCUCCCCUACCACACCCCCAACACCCCCAAGCCCAGCCAUGUCGUCCUGCAGCCGCGUGGCGCUGGUCACGGGGGCCAACAAGGGCAUUGGCUUGGCCAUUGUGCGCGACCUGUGCCGGCAGUUCCCAGGGGACGUGGUGCUCACAGCGCGGGACGCGGGGCGGGGCCAGGCGGCCGUGCAGCAGCUGCAGGCUGAGGGCCUGAGCCCGCGCUUCCACCUGCUGGACAUCUGCAACCCGCAGAGCAUCCAGGCCCUGCGGGACUUCCUGCUCAAGGAGUACGGGGGCCUCAACAUGCUGGUCAACAACGCGGCCAUCAGCUUCUGGGUUGAUGAUCCCACACCCUUACCUAUUCAAGCAGAAAUGGCAAUGAAAACCAACUUUUUUGGUACCCGAGAUGUCUGCAUGGAGCUGCUGCCUCUCGUGAGACCUCAAGGCAGAGUGGUGAAUCUCUCUAGCACACUGAGCUUGGUAGCUCUUAAACACUGCAGCCCAGAACUGCAGCAGAAGUUUACAAGUGAGACCAUCACAGAGGAGGAGCUGGUGGGGCUCAUGAAUAAGUUCAUGGAAGAUACAAAGAAUGGAGUGCACAUGAAGGAGGGCUGGCCUCAUAUGAGAUUUGCUCCCUAUUCAGUGUCAAAGCUCGGUGUCACUGUCCUGUCCAGAAUUCAGGCCCGGAAACUGAGUGAGCAGAGGACAGGGGACAAGAUACUCCUGAAUUCCUGCUGCCCUGGUUGGGUGAGAACCAACAUGGGGGGACCCGAGGCCUUGAAAAGCCCAGAAGAAGGAGCAAAGACCCCCGUGUACUUGGCCCUUUUACCCUCAGAUGCUGACGGGCCUCACGGACAGUUUGUCAUGGAGAAGAAAGUUGAGCAAUGGGAACCCAGCUCCGAGCUCCCUCCGUGGCUCCAAUUACAUAAACCACUUUGAUUUGGUCAAAAGUAUGUGUACCCUGUCAAAAAUAUCCCUAUAAAAAAAAGAAAAAGAAAUCAAUUUAUCCCUAGAGAGUACCUCUUUGACUUGGGUAUGUCUCAGUAGUUGAGCUGUGGUAUCUCUGUGGUAUGGGGGAAAAGAAAGGGGAUAAGAAGACAACAAUAAAUGACAAUCUGAGAUGAAUAAGUGGUUCUUUACAAAUGUCUGUUUGCGCUGUCUGCUUACAUGCCAACCAGCUCAGGUAACUAAAGACCUAAAGGUUAGGUCAAGAGAAGGGACAGGAUAACUCAGGGGUCAGCAAAC